ACCUCUAUGUUUAAGGGUGGUCGUCUGCAGCCACAGACAGUAUUCUGUCUCAAAUUCUGGAUCUCAUGCCUUGGGUUUGCAACCUGUAGUGAGUCCAGGAAUGAAAUGGCUCCCUCCACGCCCAUCUCCUCUGUCCCACUCUUCUCACCCUCCCCCACUGCCAGAUUCUCCCACUGAUCAUCACCCUCGUGAUCUGCAUUCAGGAAGUUUGUUUGUUCCCGACUUUGUUCCUGCAUCGAAGUGCUCUAAUCUUUCCUUUAGGGGAAGAAAAAAGUGGAUUGGACAGAAACUUUGUUCAAAAUUAACAAUGCUGUAAGCAUUCCGGGGAAAUCAUCUGGAAAUCGCUGAACUCAAGGUAUUCAGCAUUGAAGUGUUCAUGAAAGGAAAACUGGUUUGACCAAAAUCAGGGUGUGAAAAUGGCUUCCAGGCAGCAGCUCCGCAGCUUGACCGAGGAGGUCAUUUGUCCCAUUUGUCUGGAUUUCUUCAGGGACCCGGUAUCACUGGAGUGUGGACACAACUUCUGUCGCUCCUGCAUCACCCAGAGUUGGGAAAAUGGGCAGGGACAUUCCUGCCCGGAAUGUAGAAGUGAAUUUCCCGAAAUUAGCCUAAGAGUGAACUGGGCCUUAACGAGUCUGGCCGAGAAAGCUCGAGCAUUAAAUUUGGAACCGAACAGGGAGGAACGUAACCUUCAAUGUGAGCAUCAUCAGGAAGAUUUGAAGCUGUUCUGUGUAACUGAAAAAAAAUUGAGCUGUUUAAUUUGUCGUGAUUCGCGUGAACACGCACUCCACAAAUUCCUACCGAUUAAAGAAGCAGUUGAAGUCUAUAAGAAUCGGCUGAAAUCUUCCAUUGAUUCUCUCACAGAGAAGAAAUCGGCAGUUCUCGAAACAGAACUGACCCAGAAAGGGAAGAUUUCCGAAGUGAGGGAACAGGCGAGCAGUCUGCAGACCCACAUCACAUCCGAGUUCACUAAAAUGCACCAGAUUCUCACUGAGAAAGAGCAGCGUUUACUCAGAGAUCUCAGGGAAGAAGAGGAGAGGAUUGUAGAACCAAUGGAGAAAAACCUUCAAGACAUCCGCCUGAAAUUAAGUUCCAUUGAAGUGAAGCUCUCAAAGUUACAGAAACAGAUGGAGGAAAGGGACGAGCUGAUGUUUCUGAAGGAGGAGGCUUGUCAGAAGAGAAGUACUAAGGAGGCGUACCAACCACUCUCAUUAAGAAAUACCACCCUGUCUACCGGAAAAUUCAAUGGUCCUUUACAGUAUACAGUGUGGAGAGAAAUGAUGGACAUCAUUAGCCCUGUUCCAGCCUCUCUGACUCUGGAUCCAAACACUGCAAAUCCCUGCCUAGUCCUGUCCCAGGACCGAACCAGUGCGCAACUCGGAGACGAGCCAACUGAACGUCCGAGAAAAGUGACACAGUUUGAUCAGUGUACUUGUGUCCUUGGAUUGGAGGGAUUCACAUCAGGGAGACAUUACUGGGAGGUGGAGGUGGGGGAGAAGACUGAGUGGGGCUUGGGGGUGGCCCGAGAGUCUGUGGAGAGGAAGGGGGGUAUUGACCCAAGACCGGAGACAGGAUAUUGGGUUGUGUGGCUGAUUCCUGGGAGUGGUUAUUUAGCCGGCACUUGCCCCUCAUGGAUCCGCCUGAGCACAAGCGUGAAUCCCUGGAAGAUCGGGGUUUUCCUGGACUAUGAGGGUGGACAGGUGUCAUUUUACAAUGCGGACACCAUGACCCAUCUCCACACUUUCACCCACACUUUCACUGAGAGGCUCUUUCCCUUCUUUCAUUUGGGAUCAAAUGAUGACAGGAAAAACUCCGCCCCGCUGACAAUCUGUGGAAUUAAAGGGCACUGACAGAUCCACCUGAUAAUCUGACCCCAUCCUCUUGCCUCCUGCCAGCUGUAACCUGAUGGGUGCGGGUCUCAGUGACAGGUGGAGAGAGAAGCCAGGUUAACAUUCCGGGAAUAAACUCUGUAUUGGAACUAGGAACUGAAAGAUCAGCAAGGAGCUGUGUAGGGCUGGGGGAGAGAAGUAGGAGGGGAGAAGAAACAAAUAGAAGCUCAAUUGUAGAGAGGGACUUACUGGGUACAAUGUGAGCUGCCGGAACCCGGGGACCUUCCUGCCUGUAAUGUUACUCCAUGGUUGGAUGUUUCAGUGCACGUCACUGUUGCGAGUGCUAGACAAUAGAAGCUGCAUAUCAUUUUAAACAAUGCAAUUAGGUUCGCCAUCAGACUUUAGACAUAAAUCAAAAACAAAGUUUGUUUCAUUUUGUCUUUACUCAAUGCUCUACAUCCUUACUGUUGUAGCAGCCCAUGAUCUACGGCAGACAAAAUGGCCGCAUGGGGCUUUUUUUAGCUAACACAAGAUCGUCAAAAGGGUUCGACAGUUCCAUACAGCAGAUGUUCACAGCUAGGUCGGUAGUCUCCAUAUAGAUAUACUGGAUAAGGUGAAAUUCUCCAUUGAAAGAAACAUAAGGGAAGUUAAUCAGGUUUCUGUCAACAGACAGUCCUAAACAUACAAACAUUUUAAUAAGGAGCAUUUUUGAAAGGUCUUGUUUACCCACACUCCCAAGCAUGUUGUAUAGUAAGAAGUAGAAAAAAAAUUAUGAUCCUACUGUAUUCUGAAUUUUUUAGGUGAUUGUAGAAUUAGAAAGGCAGACACCAAACUAAUGUGAAAAGGUUAGUUGCAUUCCUUUAGCAAAUGAUUCAAUGGCAGUAAAGAGAGUUAUUGUGUUAUUUGGGAAGAUAAAGUGAUAAAUACUCUGAACAAGAGCUCCAAAAAACACCAUUGGCACAGGAGGAGGGCAGAGAAUGAUUUUAAAAAGAUAGAUCACAACUGGGGUAAAUAAUUCAACAACUUCUUGCAUCCAAAGAUCAAAGGAAGGGUGAUAGAGAUAGAUUACAAAAUAUAGAAUGAAGAUGUAGUUAUGUUCUCUAAUUGGUUGUUGAAUCUAAACAAGUUUUGCUUAAUAGAUUGAUAAAGUCAUAAGUAAUUGAAGUUCACUAUCAUCAGUGGAAUUCAAAUAAAUUACUUUUAUUAAGAAAAUAUAAUUAGCAAUGGAAAGUGUUUCGAGUAGAAAUAAAAAGGAUUUAUUUUAAAGUGAAACUUUAAUUUAAAAAUCACUUAUAGCAUGCAAAUAGCUGGGGUCAUAAAUUGCAAGUUAUUUGUUUAAUCUCUCAGGCUGAAGUUAGAGAGAGGUUGUCUCAAUUUGUCAGCGAUGACACAGUAAGUUCAUAUUAGAUUUGUUUUUAAAGACAUUAUAAUAAUUGGUAGAGAUUUGUGACAUUAAAAUUAGCAUAGAAUUUGGAAGAGUUCUUAGUGAAAAGGAACUAUUUAGCUAAUGGGUAAAUAAUGCGGUACAGCUGAAAAAUGUUUGGGAAGACGUAAAGCUAUCAGAAACAUUGUAAGAUCCCAAAGACAGAUGAUGGAAGUAUCUGGUUAACAUCAUGAGAUUAUGGGAGGACCUAGGGCUGUCCAUGGAGUUGCCAAUCAUUGAUCAUGUAUGCAGUGGAUUGGAUGUAUAUAUUAGGGGGAUGUGGCGAACAAUGAUGUCAAUGUUGCAUGUAAUUAUUGUAAUGGGAAGGUAUAAAAAUGUUGUAUUUCACUGGAGAAUGCAAAGCAUAAUUGACUUCCGAUCUGAACUGUAAUUCAGAGGGCAUCUGAGCUCCACGUGAAAGCCAGAUUCAGGGUGGUCUCUGGCCUCUCCCACAUAUGUGGCAAUAGAGCUCUGAAUAAAGAUAGCUUGUGCUAAGAAACAUA